GUUUUUAAAACACUGAAGAUGCCUUAAAAGAAGUGUAGAGCAGUACAUAAAGAGUAUUAAACAAGACACAGUGAUAAUAUAUUCUAUUGAGGAACUUUCUUUGGUUUUUAUUUGUUGGAUCCGUGAAGGGUCCUCCGUAAAAAAUGCCUCCCCCUGAUGUGAACAAAACACAUGAAGAUGCCGUGGGUUCUUUAAAAAACCCAUUAAAGUUCCUGGAUCAAGACUACCAGACCUUGCACCAAAGCCUCCUCUCCAAAAAAAUGCAGUUCAGCGAUGAGUCUUUCCCUGCAAAUAGAAGCUCUAUUGGAACAGGAUUGCUGUCCGAUAAGGUUAUGGCCCAAGUCAAAUGGAAAAGACCAUCAGAAAUUGUGUUGUACAGACCAUGUCUUGUUGUAGAUGGAGUGUCCAGAUUUGACUAUGCCCAAGGAUCUAAAUUAGGAGACUGCUGGUUUUUAGCCUCAAUCGGGGCUGUUAGUUCUCAGAUGGAUAUUAUGGACCAAGUCAUUCCAGCUGAACAGUCAUUCAGCAAGGGUUAUGCCGGAAUAUUUCAUUUUAUGUUCUGGCGGUUCGGGAAGUGGAUUGAUGUUGUCAUCGAUGACCAACUUCCAACAAUUAAUAACAGACUUAUUUUUGUGAGUUCCAAAAUUGCUACUGAGUUUUGGCCUGCCUUACUGGAGAAAGCUUAUGCAAAAGUGUGCGGAUCUUUUGCUGACUUACAUGGUGGAUUUGUAUCUGAGGCUCUCAUUGACUUCACUGGAGGGGUGCACAUGCACUUUGACAUAAAAGAAGCACCUGCUAAUUUGUGGAAUAUGAUGGAAAGUGCAUUCAAGUCAAAAACUCUCAUGGGGUGUAGCACACCUCGAGGGGCAACAUUUCAAAACACAGUGUUACCUAAUGGCAUAGUUGAGGGUCAUGCCUACACAGUGACAGGUGUUUGUCAGGUAACAACUAAAGAACCAGUUAGACUGGUGAGGAUGUUCAACCCAUGGGGAAAGGGUGAAUGGACAGGGGACUGGAGUGACAGAUCACCCUUGUGGAAGACAGUGAGUGCAAAUGACAACAAAAACUGCCUGUCUGUGGCUGAUAAUGGGGAAUUCUGGAUGUCAAUGGAAGAUUACACCAAAAGCUUUAAAACCAUGGAUAUCUGCUGUCUCUCUCCUGAUUUUCUGAAUGGCUCUUCUAAAUGUUCUUGGAGCUCCCAAUACCAUAUCGGCCAAUGGACCACUGAGACCGCUGGUGGCAUAAGGGCCAUCUGGAAAAAUCCUCAGUUUCGAGUAAGGAUUGAGAAGCCCGGUGAGGACUGUGCUGGUGGGGAGUGCCCUGAAAACAUACUGGUGUCUCUCAUGCAGAACCAUGAGAACAGACGCAGAAAACAGCUUCCCCACCUGUUUAUAGGAUUCUUUGUUUAUGAGAUACCACCAGAGAUAAAAGACGAAGGUGGGAAGUAUUCAAUUUCAUUCUUCAGUCGUAGAAAGCCUGUGGCAAGGACUGACUUUGCAAAUUUGAGAGAGGUGAUGAAGUUCUUCAAUCUGGAACCCGGAGAGUACCUGAUUGUACCGAGCACAUUAAGUCCGGCUGAAAUGGCGUCCUUUGUCCUAUCUGUUUUCACAAAGCAUCAAUGUAAAAAAUGUUGAUAGUUUUCAUAGAAAAGAGAGCAAGAAGAUGUUUUGGGGUAAUCGUUGGUAAAAACGAUAUGAAAGAUGAAAACUGUCAAAGUACAGUCCCAGAAAUCUCUGUGUGAUGCAUUUGAUAUGUAAAUACGUAAAAUGUUAGUUCUUAUGUAAUUUGUGUGUUUUCAUUUUGUGAGUUACACUCUGAAAAAUAAAGGUGCCACAAAAGGCUCUUCACUGCGA